AUGGGUAAAAAAAGUAAGUCAAAGGCUGGAGGCGAUUUCUGGGACGAAGAGCCCGAGUUAGCCGGUGAGUCUGCUCCUGCUGAGGAUGGAGCUCUGGGCAACGCCUCUGAGGCACCUGAGGCAUCUGAGGCAUCUGAGGCAACCCCCGAGCCGCAAAGCCAGGCUCCUGUCGAGGCCGAUAUGGACGAGGAAUGGGGAUCGGGUGGUCUCAUGGGCGCCCUGAAGCGCACCAAGCAAAAGAAGGCCGAUAAAAAGGCUGAGGAAGACGCUGCGAAGGCUGCUGCUCUUGAUAAAGGCACGCCUCAAGUCAAGUCUAAAAAGGAAAAGGAGCGUGAGAAGAAAGAACGUGAGAAGGCAAAGAAGCGUGCUGCUGCUCAACGUAAAGUUACAGCGCCUCCCGUUGCUUCCAAGUCGGCUAAAUCCGAGGAAACUACAGAGGAUCAAGCUACCCCUGAGCCCGAGGCCACUCCUGAACCAGAGCCCGAGGCUACCGCUGCUCCUGCUCCCGCCGCUAAAGGUGCUAAGAAAAAGAAGCCUAAUGCUGCCCUUGCUGCUCUGCAAAAACAGCUGGCUGCUAAGAAGGCUGCUGAGGAAGCUGCUGCCGCCGCUGCUGAGGAAGUGCGCAAAGCUGCCGAGGAGGAAGAGCGUAAAGCCGCUGAAGCCGCUGCUGUCGCCGAUGAGGCUCGUCGUCUCAAGCGCGAAAAAGAAAAGAAAAAGCGUGAAGAACUCAAAGCUCAAGGUAAAUUGCUGUCAAAGAAACAGCGUGAGCUUCAAGCUUUACAGGCUCGCCGUCGCGAGCAAAUGCUUGCAUCUGGUAAUGUCCAGGUCUCUGGUUUGAUCAAGCAAGGCAAGAUGCCCAAGUCAGAGCCAGAGCCCGCCAAGCCCGAGGAGGUUUCUAGCCCGGAGCCUGAAGUCGAAGAGGACGAGGAGGUUGAAGAGGUUACUGAAAAGGUCGCUGAGGUCAAGGUCGAGGAUAACAAGGCUGAAUCUGAAGAAGAAGAAUGCGCUCUCAUGGAUGAUUGGGAAGCAGCUCUCUCUGAUGAAGAGGUUGAGUCAGAGGCUAAGGCUGCCCCUAAGGAUAAGCCCACUUCUGCCGCUCAGGCCGAAGAGGAGGCCUCUAUUCUUGCUCGUGCCAAGAUUGAUGAUGCUAAGCGUAAAGAAGUAUCCAGCAAGCGUGAGGCUCGUCACAGCAAGGCUCUUGCCAGCGCAUCCGAAACUAACCUGCGCUCACCCAUUUGCGCUAUUCUUGGUCACGUCGAUACAGGUAAGACCAAGCUGUUGGAUAACAUGCGUCGUACAAAUGUUCAGGAGGGUGAGGCUGGUGGUAUUACCCAGCAGAUUGGUGCUACGUACUUCCCUAUUGAUGCUAUCAAGAAGAAAACUGAGGUUAUGUCCAAGCACGUCAAAGUUCAAUACGAUGUUCCCGGUCUGCUCAUUAUCGAUACACCUGGUCACGAAUCCUUCUCUAACCUGCGUUCUCGUGGCUCCUCCUUGUGUAACAUUGCCAUUUUGGUUGUCGAUAUUAUGCACGGUCUCGAGCAACAGACAUUGGAGUCUAUCCGUCUCUUGCGUGACCGCAAGACUCCCUUUGUUGUUGCUUUGAACAAGAUUGAUCGUCUCUAUGGAUGGCAGUCUACUCCUAACAACUCUUUCCGUGACUCGUUGGCUCAGCAGGAGACCUCUGUUCAACGUGAGUUUGAAGAUAAACUUGAAAAGACCAAGGUUUUAUUUGCUGAGCAAGGUUUCAAUUCCGAGGUCUAUUACAAGAACAAUAAUCUUUCCAAGUACGUCUCUCUUGUUCCUACAAGUGCAGUUACUGGAGAGGGUGUUCCUGAUUUGAUCUACCUGCUCUUGGAGCUCACCCAGAGCCGUAUGUCCAAGCAGCUCAUGUAUUUGUCUGAGCUCGAAGCUACUGUGCUCGAAGUCAAGGUUGUUGAGGGUCUUGGUACCACCAUUGAUGUUGUUCUUUCAAACGGUGUUUUGCGUGAGGGUGACCGUGUGGUCCUCUGUGGUUUGAACGGACCUAUAGCAACGACGGUGCGUGCACUGUUGACGCCACAACCUAUGCGUGAACUUCGUAUCAAGUCCGCCUAUGUUCACCACAAGGAAGUCAAGGCUGCUUUAGGUGUCAAGAUUGCUGCGCACGACCUCGAGCAUGCUGUCGCUGGUUCGCGACUUUUGUUGGUUGGACCGGAUGAUAACGAAGAGGACCUCAUGGAUGAUGUUAUGGAUGAUAUGACUACUCUUUUGGACUCCGUCGACAAGAACGGUCAGGGUGUCUGUGUUCAGGCCAGUACUCUUGGUUCUUUGGAGGCUCUUCUCGAUUUCCUCAAGGACAUGAAGAUCCCUGUUAUGUCCAUUUCUUUGGGUCCUGUAUACAAGCGUGAUGUCAUGCGCGCUACCACGAUGUUGGAGAAGAAUAAAGAGUUUGCGGUUAUGUUGUGCUUCGAUGUUAAGAUUGACAAAGAGGCUGAGCAGUAUGCCAAUGAGCAGGGUAUCACUAUUUUCUCCGCUGAUAUUAUCUAUCACUUGUUUGAUGAUUUCACCGCAUAUCAGAAGCGUUUGCUUGAACAGCGUCGUAAGGACAAUAUCCACGACGCCGUUUACCCUUGUGUGUUGAAAACUCUCCAGGUUAUCAACAAGCGUAACCCUAUGAUUAUCGGUGUCGAAGUGGCUGAGGGCUCUAUUCGUGUGGGCACUCCUAUUGCUAUUGUGAAACAGGAUCCUACUACUCGCGAGAAGCUCAUCUACCCUCUCGGCCGUAUCCAGUCUAUGGAGGUUGACCACAAGAGCCGUGACAAUGUUCGCAAGGGCCAAGCCAACGCUGGUGUCGCCAUGCGUCUUGAUUCCGGUAAUAUGACGAAUAUGCCUACUUGGGGUCGACACAUUGACGAAAAGGACAAUCUCUAUUCUAUCAUCUCACGAAAAUCUAUCGAUACGCUCAAGGAUCCUGCAUUCCGUGAUGACGUCCCUCGUGAAGACUGGCUUCUUAUCAAGAAGCUCAAGCCUCUGUUUGAUAUCAAAUAA